AUGCCCUGUACCUGUGGGAACUGGAGAAGAUGGAUCCGCCCGCUGGUGGUUGUGCUGUACGUUGUGGGACUUCUGGUGGCCAUUCCAAUAUGUGUUUGGGAGUUACAGAAAAUGCAGGUUGGAGUUCACACCAAGGCUUGGUUUAUUGCUGGUAUUUUUGUACUUAUGACCAUACCAAUCUCUCUUUGGGGAAUCUUACAGCAUUUAGUUCAUUAUACUCAGCCUGAAUUGCAGAAACCAAUUAUAAGAAUUCUAUGGAUGGUGCCCAUUUACAGUGUAGACAGUUGGGUUGCUCUUAAGUAUCCUGACAUUGCAAUAUAUGUGGAUACCUGUAGAGAAUGCUAUGAAGCCUAUGUCAUCUAUAACUUCAUGAUCUUCCUCUUGAACUAUUUAACAAAUCGAUGUCCGAAUUUAGCAUUGGUUCUUGAAGCUAAAGAUCAGCAAAGACAUCUACCUCCACUGUGCUGCUGUCCUCCGUGGCCUAUGGGAGAGGUGUUACUGUUUAGAUGCAAAUUGGGUGUGCUGCAGUAUACAGUGGUUCGGCCCGUCACCACUAUAAUUGCGUUGAUUUGUCAGUUGGCUGGCGUCUAUGGGGAAGGCGACUUUAACUUAAAAAAUGUAUGGACAUACUUGGUUAUAAUCAACAAUGCGUCGCAAGUGUUUGCUAUGUAUUGUCUUGUCCUGUUCUAUAUAGUACUGAAAGAAGAGCUGAACCCAAUCCAGCCAGUGGGCAAAUUUCUGUGUGUAAAACUGGUCGUGUUUGUGUCAUUCUGGCAAGCAGUAUUGAUUGCACUCAUGGUUAAAGUUGGUAUUAUUUCUGAUAAACAUACAUGGGAUUGGAAGUCUGUCAAGGACGUGGCAACAGGACUGCAGGAUUUUAUUAUUUGUGUUGAAAUGUUCUUGGCUGCCAUAGCCCAUCACUUCAGCUUUUCAUACAAACCAUACGUACAGGAGGCAGAGGAAGGCUCAUGUUUUGACUCAUUUCUUGCCAUGUGGGAUAUAUCGGAUAUACGGGCAGACAUAUCUGAGCAAGUACGCAAUGUUGGAAGAACAGUCUUGGGCAGACCAAGAAAAAUGUUUUUUCCUGAAGACCUUGAGCAAAACGAGCACACCAGCUUGCUUUCUUCAUCUACUCAGGAUCCCAUAUCCGCAGAACCUUCUGUUCCACCAUCCCCAUCUGGACAUUAUCAAGGGUUUGGUCAGACAAUAACACCGCAAACCACACCCACCUCGGCCACCAUUCCUGAGGAGCUCUACAGCACAGACUCUCCGGAGCAGGAGGUAAAUGUGCCAGUGCCUGAGCUUGAUGAGGUGGAGGUAACACAUGAUAGUAGCAAGCGAUCUCACUCUUAA